UAAAAGGAAGACUUCAUACUGCCAACUGCUGGUGUAAACAUUUUGAAAAAAGUAAACGGUCACAACUUCCGACUGAGAUUAGGCUUCCUGGAGAUCUUAGUAGACACCCCACCAGGGGGCCAAAAUGGGGAAACAAAACAGCAAAUUGAAACCAGAGGUUUUAGAAGAUUUGAAACAGAAUACUGAGUUUACAGAUACUGAGAUCCAAGAGUGGUACAAGGGAUUUUUGAAGGACUGUCCAAGUGGUAGCCUAUCAAUAGAUGAAUUUAAGAAAAUAUAUGGGAACUUUUUCCCUUAUGGUGAUGCAUCGAAGUUUGCUGAGCAUGUGUUUCGUACAUUUGAUGCCAAUGGAGAUGGGACAAUAGACUUUCGUGAAUUUCUGUGUGCUCUGAGUGUUACCUCUCGUGGCAAAUUAGACCAGAAGCUGAAAUGGGCAUUCUCUAUGUAUGAUUUAGAUGGAAAUGGAUUUAUAUCUAGGCAAGAAAUGUUAGAAAUUGUAACAGCUAUCUACAAGAUGGUUGGGUCAGUGAUGAAGAUGCCAGAAGAUGAAUCAACACCAGAGAAGCGAACAGAUAAAAUAUUUAAGCAGAUGGAUAAAAAUAUGGAUGGAAAAUUGUCCAUAGAAGAAUUUAUAGAAGGAGCGAAAAGUGACCCAUCUAUUGUUAGGCUUUUACAGUGUGAUCCACAGUCCUCUCACUGACUAAAUGCUACAAAAUGAUUUAGCAAUGGAGCUUUCUUUGUAGAGGAACCUUGGUUGUAAGACAUUAAUAUGCAGUGUUUGAAGCAAGAAUUCCUUCUUCGUUUUUGUGUAAAAAGUUUAUUGCAGCAGGAAUUCUUUUUCAACCAGUUUUGAGAUAACCAAGACAAACAACUGAUUGGUUUCCCUUCUACCCCUCUGUCAAUUAAUAUAAAUUUACUGAGAUGAUUGUGAGAUAACCAAGGCAAACAAUUGCUUGGUUCCCCUAUGUCAGUUGAUAUACAUUUA